AAUAUUUAUCUUGUUAUAGGUCAUAAACAGCCCUAACUUAUAUAAAACAUUAAAUGAAACUACGACAAGAAGUUCUACUAUACUCAGGAUUGAUCAUAUUUGCUACAAUUUACUUAACUCGGCAUAAUGUGAAGUUUAAAAUGGAAAGAAUGUUCAACUGGGAGCAAGUCAAAACUCCACCUCAAAAUGAAUUCCAUAUCGAACCUGAUUUCAAGGAAUUCGUUGUAGACGUGGAUAAUACCCACACAUUUGGGAUUAUCCGAAAUGCAUAUACCUCAGAUGAAAUUCCAAAGAAUCAUGACGUUACAUUGGUCACUCACAUGGACGCAUCAAGAUUGCAAAACGUCAUAAACUUGGCUGAAAAUUUUCUGGGCCCAAUACAUGUCUGCAUCUUUGUAACAUCGGUGAAGCUGCUCAACGAGACAUCAGAAAUAUUAACAUUCAUAAGAAAGAAUUUCGAAGCUACCAGAAUGCACGUAGUGUGGAGUAUUUUGUAUCCACUUGGAGAUUUUGGAAUGAAGGACCAACGAUAUUCUCCUUAUUUUAAAACUAUUAAAGACCGCAUCAAGUUAUCAACAAAAUCAGCAAAUAUUUCAGCAAAACAAUUUGAAAGUGUUCUAAAAAUUUUAGGAGAGAAUAAUGCAAAACUUGGUUUAUCGGGCAGCACACCAGAGCAUAUCUCUUUUUAUCCCCAUACAAUAGCGAUGAACGUGGCUUUAAAUUCUUCAACUACGGAUUACUUCCUAUGUAUUGACUCCGAUUUAACACCUAGUAAAGGAAUGAGAAAUAAAUUUAUAAAGUUUGCGGAAAGUUUAAACUUGUAUGGUGCAGAAAAAUCGCAUCUACCUUUGUCAAAAAUGAGUGUUCCUAAAUAUCAGAAACGCAAUUUUUCCUGUUUGAAUCACGUAAAUGGUAAAAAAUCUCCUUCAGAUUUGUACGUAGUUCCGGCGUUUCAGUCAAAUGAUAAAAUACUGCCAAGAACUGUGAAAGAAUUAAGACAAUCAGUACUAUCUGGACGUAGUACAUAUUUUUUCAGUGGAAUGUAUGAAGUUGGUUACGGACCAACCAAUCACACAAAAUGGCUAAGUUCUUCAAAUGAUGACGAAGAGUCUCCAACAACCUGCCUGUAUAAAGUUAAAUAUUUACCUGGAUAUGAACCGUUCAUUGUAGCCAGGAAAGGAAUACCAAUAUAUGACGAACGAUUCAGUGGUUACAGCCCUGUUGAAAAUCAUCAUAAACGACUACUCAAUGCGUUGGGAUACAGAUAUGUUGUACUAAGUAACGCAUUCCUAGUACACCGCGGCUGGAAGGUAAAGGGAUAUCGGACAAAACAAAAAGGGAAGGAAAUGAAAGCACAUGAAACAGCCUGGAAAGAAUUCUUACAAGACAUGAGAAAGAUAAGAGCAAUUAACAGAAAUUUGAAAGAGAAUAAAUAAAUAUUGUAAAUUCAUAACGAUAAUAGAAUAUUGUUAACAAUAUUGUUCUUGCGUUGUAACGCAGAAACGGACAACACGUCGAUAUAACCGUUCAGAGGCCUAGAACUUAAAUUUUUCAUCAUUAUCAAAUUUAUCACAUAGGAGAAAGUUACAUGGUGGAGAAUAGCUUCUAGUUGGGUUACUAGUCGAGGUCGAAUGUGAGAAAAGUUCUCUCCUGACCCUCACGGGUUAUCGGUCUAGUUUGUAUAUGGGAAGAGUUUUCUAAUUAUCUGUUCGAUGAAGGAAGAAGUAACGGAUGCUAACUUUGGAAUAUUUUACAUCAGUUGCACAAGUUUGAAACAGCGUCUGAUCUUUUUCUCCGAGAUGAAUUGUUGUUGAUCAGUUGCAAUCUUGUUUUUGCUGCAACAAUCCUUUCUUGGAAAUUUGAAAAUAUUUUUCAGUGUUGAAUUAAAUUCUUUUAUUUAUUUAUGUGAUGCUAUUUCGAUUUUGUCUAAACAGGAUUAGUGCAAUUAAAUCGUAUUAUAAAUGUG